AUGUACUUACCUUUGAUGCUGAGGGUCGAAAAGUCGAUUUCGAGGUCCGGCGUCUCUGUUGCACCUGCUGCCGAUGCUGACGGUGCAGUUCGCUCGCAGUGGACCACGCGUGAUGCUGCUACUCAUCUUGCUGUUCGUAGUCACCUGCCGUCUGCUGAGCGCACGCACUUUAGCCAGUACAAGACUGCUAAGACUCUGUAUGACGCUAUUGUUGCGUGCUACUCCUCCCCUGCCACUGCUGCUCUCAGCCGCCUCAUGCUGCUCUACCUGUUCCCUGUCCUCGCCGCUUUUGCCAUAGUCCCUGACCUCAUUACCCACCUCCGCACCAGUGACACCCACUACCGCGCUGCGCUUCCUGCUGAGUUCUGCGCCAAGAACCACCCCCCUAUGUACAUCACCCUCUACUACCUCGUCACCCAACUCCCUGACUCCCUUCGUCCAGUCAAGGACUACUUCCUCUCCCUUUGCCCCACCACGCUCACUAUUGACCUCCUCGAAGAGCGCCUCCUUGCAGCUGAGAAGAGUAUAGUCACUGUAGGAGCCUCUCGUGGUGACCCUCAUGCCCCUUUCUUUGAGGGGUGCUCUCCUAUCCCCCUCUUUCCCUCUGUUGCCUCUACUGCUGCUGUCGACCUUGUUGGCAUGGCACUGAGUCGGUCGGCGCUGCGUCUACUCCUAGUGGGAGACGCCGCAGCGGCAAGGGCAAGGGGGGCAAGGGUGGUGGAGGGGACGGCAGGGGCGGCGGUGGUGGCGGUGGUGGUGGCGGUGGAGGAGGUGGAGGGGGUGGGGGUGGAGGUGGGGGUGGCGGCGGGAGUGGGGGCUUAG